AUGCCACUUGAUAAUCCUUAUCAGAUACCAGCAGCAACAACUGUAGUAACAACAAUAUUCCCACCUUCAACGACAACAACAACAACAACUACAACACCAUUAACAACAACAGCAAAAGCCUACUAUCUAAUCGAAAGUAUCGAUGAAACAGUUGAACCAUGUGAAGAUUUUUACCAUUUUGCUUGUGGAACAUGGCUGAAAAAUGCUCGAAUCCCUGAAGAUAAUCUUUUAUCAUCAACACCGGGAAAUGGAGCCGUUGAACCAAAAGCUGUUAUUAAUGCUCGUAAUUUAUACAAAUCAUGUAUAAAUGACACAAAUAUUGAAAUUGAUGGUGUCGAACUCGUUCUCCCUAUCAUUAAUACUGAGCUUGGUGGAUGGCCUAUUUUACAAGGUGCUUCAUGGAAUGUUUCGACUUUUAACUUAUCAAAUCUUUUACUCAAACUGCGUAAAUACGAUAAUGGAAUCGUUUUUAGUGUUGCUACAGCAACUGAUCAAAAAAAUGCAUCAGUUUAUGACAUUGACCUCGGACAAGGUAGUCUCGGUUUACAAGAAAGAGAAUAUUACAAUAUUGAAACGAAUGUUACUGCACCUUACCGUCAGUUUAUGAAUGAUUUAGCUUCGCAAUUGACAAAUGAAACAUCAUCAAUUCCAGCUGAUGUUCUUGCCAUUUAUUUAUUUGAAAAAAGUAUUUCUCAAUAUCAUUGGACCUUAUAUGAACAACUGCGUCGAGUUAAUGAAACUAUUCAAACAACUGUUGGAAAUCUUUCUAAUUCAUUCAAAUCUAAUUUUGAUUUUACUAAUUACCUUCGUCAAUCGUAUCUCAUUGGCAAUGUAACUUUACUCGAUACCGACAUCGUAUCUGUCAGUGAAGUUGCAUAUUUAGUAAAUCUUUCUUUAAUUCUUGAGCAAACUCCAGCACGUGUUGUUCAAAAUUAUUUAAUUUGGCGUUUUAUGAUGAAUCGAGCAAGUAGUAUGCCAAAACGAAUUCGAAGUACUCGCGAACAAUUUGAUCGAGUAUUUUAUGGCAUAAGUUCUGAACCAGCACGUGCAACAACUUGUGCUAAUUACGUUAAUGAUAAUAUGGGUUUCGCAGUUUCUAGACUUUAUAUUAGAAAAUAUUUUAAUGAUAAUGCUCGUAAUCAAUCAAAAGAGCUCAUUAAAAAUAUUCGAAGUUCAAUGAUGACUAUGCUUCAACAAGCGUCAUGGAUGGAUAAUGAAUCAAAACAAAAAGCUAUUGAUAAAGCUCAAGCUAUCUAUGAAAAUAUUGGUUAUCCAGAUUAUGUAGCUAGUGAUAAUAUAACACAAUUGGAAAAAAUGUAUACUGAAUAUGUUUUUAAUGCAUCAUAUAUUAAUAAUGUUCUUGAAAUGCAACGAGUUAAAGCUCGAGAAGAUUUUCGAACACUUCGUGAAGUUGUUGAUCAUCGUUCAUGGGGUGAUCUUCCUCCAACUGUAGUCAAUGCUUUCUAUGAACCAUCGACAAAUGCUCUCUCCUUUCCAGCUGCUAUCCUGCAAAUGCCGUAUUUUAAUAAAGAUGCACCCAACUAUCUUAACUAUGGUGGUAUUGGUAUGGUAAUCGGACAUGAAAUAACACAUGGAUUUGAUGAUGAUGGUCGUCAAUAUGAUAAAAAUGGAAAUCGAGUUCCUUGGUGGUCAAAUAGUAUAAUAAACCAAUUUAAUGAACGUAAACAAUGCAUCAUUGAUCAAUAUAGCAACUAUACAUUGAAUGGUGAACAAACACAAGGAGAAAAUAUUGCUGACAAUGGUGGUAUCAAAAGUUCAUUCUUUGCAAGUCAAUCAUAUGCAUGUGUUGAAAAUUUUGAAAAUGUAAAUCUUUAUUAA